AUGCUACUUGCCUUCUGGGAUGAGGACUGCGUGAUCCCCACCGCGCCUGCUUGGAGACGCUGCAAGAUAUGGCUGCCAACCGAUGUCAGUGGCGUUGUUGAUGUCAGUUUCUUUCCAGAUUGCCUGGAUGAGUGUUUGGAGGUGGGCCCGAACCCUAGCCGUAUGCUUGCGGAUGAACAGAUUGAGGUAGCAGGCAAAUUCGCCUACCUGGAAAGCUGA